AACCAAACUUAAAAAAAUACGCGCAUAAUUGACACGGAAUGUAGCAAGGCACAGUACCGUUGAGGCGUUGACGCAGAGCCGGGGGCCACAUCAGAUUGAAGUGUAGAUACUACGUAUCCUUAAACCAAUUAAAACACAAUACGUUAUGAAAGAUUCCUUACCAUUCUUCUUCUUUUUCUAACCUAAAAGCUUAAUCCCUCUUCUCCCCUAACAUCACACAUUCUCGGUUAAAAAAAGAAUGAUUUAUUUUUUUUAAUUCGUUUGAAAAAAGAAUAUUAUUUUUUUUGAAAUAUUUUAAUUUCAACUUUUCACCUAGUAUAUUUAAGAUAAUAAAAUUAAAGAAUAUUUUGAUAUAUUUGACAUAAUUUUAAUUUAAUGUAUUUAAUUUUUUUAUUUUAUUUUGUUAAAUUUUAUGUCAAGUUAGAAGUGAAAAUAGAUGUUCUUUUUGAUACUGAGGAAGUAAUAAAUAAUAAUCUUGAAUCGGCUUCUUCUUCCUUUUACCUUUCUGCUUGGAGACGAUAAUAAUUUUAGAUCCAGAGAAUGGGAAAUGCUCUAAGAUUCUUGUAUGGUCAUUGCUGCAAACCUUCAACAGACACUGAUUAUCAGCCCGGUGUUUCAGCUUUAGCACACGAUCUCUACAACUUUGAAAUCACCUCCCAGGUUCCUCAAGGACUGAGUAAGCAUGUUGUAUCAUCCAAGAAAGCUCAAGCUAACUGGUAUAAGAAACUUUCAGACGCAUGGAGAGAAACAAAGCCUCCCCCUAAAACGCCUGAAGAAGCUUCAAGGCUGGUCAUCCAGACCUUGAAGAGACAUCAGAAAGCAGAUGUUGAGGGGUUACUGGCUUUCUAUGGACUGCCUCUUCCUCACUCCCUAGUAGAACUAACUAGUGAUGGCGCUCCUCCAUCACACCCACAAGGACUCAAGUUUGAAUUGCAUACUCUCCCUGUGGAUGCGAAGGCUGUGGCAGACGGAGAUACAGUAACUGUAUAUGUCAGUACAACAGAUCCUGGAGAGUCAUCGUGUCUCCCCAGAGAUGUGCAAGCUGCGGCAAUUGAAAGAUCAAAAGCAAGGGCUCAGAAGAAUUAUCAAAAAGCAGAUGAACUGCACAAACAGAUCAUAGAUUCAGGAUACAGGGUGAUACCAGUGAACCAUGAAGAAGUUCUUGCUCGAAAAUAUAGGAUCAGAUUAAGGGGGAUAGAUGCACCAGAAAGUGCAAUGCCAUAUGGUAAAGAGGCGAAGGAAGAACUGACUAAAGUUGUCCAGGGUAAGAGUUUAAGAGUCUUCGUUUUUGACCAGGAUCGUUAUGGCCGCUGUGUAGGGGACAUAUACUGCAAUGGCAUAUUUGCACAGGAAGUGAUGUUGAAGAAAGGUUUGGCCUGGCACUAUGCCACAUAUGACAAGCGACCAGAGUUUGAAAAGUGGGAGAAAGAAGCUCGAGCAAAACGAAUUGGCUUGUGGGCGGCCAGAAAUCCUGAAAUGCCAUGGGAGUGGAGAAAACAGAAACGUGAAAACCAAUGUUCAUGAAUAACAACUAAUUCAACAGAGCCAUGGUUUUCCUGAAAAAUAAUUGCUCCAACACCUAAGGCAAAAGCAUGAGGAAGCUACAGUAACAUUAUAUUCAAUUGUCAAACCAGAUUAAAUUGUGUUGAUAUAGAUUAGGAGGUGCAAUGAAGAAGCCACAUCUCCUAGUAAUUUAACUCCAAGGAAGCAAAAAUCAGUGUGUAAUUGUGCAUUCCUUGUUGUAUAUGUAUAUUUCCUUAUCAGGUGCUUGUUUCUAUGUCUAUUAGCAUCAAAACUUUUCCUUUCCCUA